AUGGCGGUGGCGCAACGAGUGUCGGUGGACGAAGCGCUGAAACGCGUCGUGUCGCACGCAGAUGUGGUCGGCGCGGGUAUCAUGACGUCGCGCGGCGCGCUCGUCGAGCGGCGCGGCGCCUUCUCCGACGCGGACGCGCGCACGAGUUGCCGCCUAGUCGCAGUCGCGUCGCACGCGAUCAUCUCAGGAAGCGGUGGCGGUAUCGAUGAUAAUGACGAUGGGAUCGAGAUGGUUCGCGCGCGGCGAGGCGCGUGCGAGCUCGUCGUCGCGAGCGACGCAACGUCUUCCGGCGAGCACUUCGGCGCGUUGAGUCACGACGAACGCGUCAGCAUCUUGGGCGAAGCCAUCAUCGAUUCUGGCGCGCUCGUGUUCACGAAGAGUCACAGUGGAAGGUACACGUGCGUUGACAAUGCGUUUCUCAAAGCGUUUGGGUUCGAAAAGUCCGAAGAUGUCGUCGGACUCACCGACGACGAGGUGAUCGAGAAGAUUCUUGCGAGCGGGAAAACAUUUCACCACUCGUACCGAGGCGAGUCGGUGACCGAUCUUCCGCGAAUUUGGAAAGAGAACGACGAUCUCGUGCAGCACAACAACCGAACGAUGUGGUUCAAGGAGCGCGCGUUGUUGAGCGGUGGCGAAGACACCAAGCUUCACGAAUUUGUCGUGAUGAAAUCGCCCUUCGCGGGUGGAGUCCUCGGCGUCGCGGUGCCCGCUGGAAUUUGA